AUGGUGCACGCCUACGACGACCUCGGCGUCGUCGCCGAGCUGCUGUACGCGCACGUGCUCAGCAACACGGCGGUGCUCGGUGCGCGCGACACGAGCCUGCUUGUUGUGGCGGGCCUGGUGCCGCAGGAUGUGGACCCGCAGCUGAGGGGCCAUGUCAAGGGCGCCGUGACGAAUGGGGCGACGGAGGGGCAGGUGGAGGCCGUGAGGAGGCUGGCGGAGGUGUGUUGUAGGGUUGCGGGGAGGGAGGUGGCGGGGAGUGGGGGUGCGAGUGGGAGUGGGGGGGCGAAGCUGUGA